CUCACAUCAGCUAAGACCAGAAAAACCAGAGGCACAACUUAACUAUCUUUUCCCUCUCAGAGUCUACAGCGGAUGUCUUACAAGUUGGAGAAAGGAUGGCUCAAGUGCUCGUCUGCUCGCGGCGGAGUUGAAGCGUUGGGGCUGGUGGUGUAGACUCCCUCCCCGGGCUCGGUCCGCACGUCCGCGUCCUGCCGCGUCCGCCCGGGGGAAGCCCGCGAAGGGAGAAUGGAGAGGGGGCUGCCGCUGCUCUGCGCCGCGCUCGCCCUCGCGCUCGCCCUGGCCGCCGCUUUUCGCAACGAUAAAUGUGGCGGUACUAUAAAAAUUGAAAACCCAGGGUAUCUUACGUCUCCUGGUUAUCCUCAUUCUUAUCACCCAAGUGAAAAAUGUGAAUGGCUGAUUCAGGCUCCCGACCAGUACCAGAGAAUUAUGAUCAACUUCAAUCCUCAUUUCGAUUUGGAGGACAGAGACUGCAAGUAUGACUACGUGGAAGUUUUUGAUGGAGAAAAUGAAAAUGGACGUUUAUGGGGAAAGUUCUGUGGAAAGAUUGCUCCAUCACCUGUAGUGUCAUCGGGGCCAUUUCUUUUUAUCAAAUUUGUCUCUGACUAUGAGACACAUGGUGCAGGAUUUUCCAUACGCUAUGAAAUUUUCAAAAGAGGUCCAGAGUGCUCCCAGAACCACACGACACCAACUGGAGUAAUAAAGUCCCCUGGAUUUCCUGAAAAAUACCCUAACAGUCUUGAGUGCACUUAUAUCAUCUUUGCACCAAAGAUGUCAGAGAUAAUUCUGGAAUUUGAAAGUUUUGAUCUGGAGCCUGACUCAAAUCCUCCUGGGGGAGCAUUCUGUCGCUAUGACCGACUAGAAAUCUGGGAUGGAUUCCCUGAUGUUGGCCCUCACAUUGGACGUUACUGUGGCCAGAAAACACCGGGUCGAAUCCGUUCUUCGUCAGGGAUUCUAUCCAUGGUUUUUUACACCGACAGUGCGAUUGCUAAAGAAGGCUUCUCAGCAAACUACAGUGUCCUGCAGAGCACUGUCUCGGAAGAUUUCAAAUGUAUGGAAGCUCUGGGCAUGGAAUCAGGAGAGAUUCAUUCUGAUCAAAUCACAGCUUCUUCCCAGUACAGCACCAACUGGUCUGCAGAGCGCUCCCGCCUCAACUACCCUGAAAAUGGCUGGACACCUGGAGAAGAUUCCUAUAGAGAAUGGAUUCAGGUAGACUUGGGCCUUCUGCGCUUUGUCACUGCUGUUGGGAUCCAAGGAGCCAUCUCAAAGGAAACCAAAAAGAAAUACUAUGUCAAGACUUACAGAAUAGACAUCAGCACCAACGGGGAAGACUGGAUCACCAUCAAAGAAGGAAAUAAACCUGUUAUCUUUCAGGGAAACACCAACCCCACCGAUGUUGUGUUUGGAGUUUUCCCCAAACCACUGAUAACUCGAUAUGUUCGAAUCAAACCUGUAACUUGGGAAACUGGCAUUUCUCUAAGAUUUGAAGUCUAUGGCUGCAAGAUAACAGAUUAUCCUUGCUCUGGAAUGCUGGGUAUGGUGUCUGGACUUAUAUCUGAUUCCCAGAUUACAGCCUCAAACCAAGGGGACAGGAAUUGGAUGCCUGAAAAUAUUCGCCUGGUAACCAGUCGCUCAGGUUGGGCUCUGCCCCCAGCACCUCAUCCUUAUGUCAAUGAGUGGCUCCAAGUGGACCUGGGAGAGGAGAAGAUUGUGAGGGGCAUCAUCAUUCAAGGGGGGAAGCACAAGGAAAAUAAGGUGUUCAUGAGGAAAUUCAAGAUUGGGCACAGCAACAAUGGCUCAGACUGGAAAAUGAUCAUGGACGACAGCAAGCGCAAGCCUAAGUCUUUUGAAGGCAACAACAACUUUGAUACACCUGAGCUACGGACUUUUCCACCUCUUUCCACCCGAUUCAUCAGGAUCUAUCCCGAGAGAGCCACUCACAGUGGACUUGGACUCAGAAUGGAACUGCUGGGCUGUGAAGUGGAAGCACCUACUGCAGGACCAACCACUCCAAAUGGGAACCUGGUGGAUGAAUGCGAUGACGACCAGGCCAACUGUCACAGUGGAACAGGUGAUGACUUCCAGCUCACAGGGGGUACCACGGUGCUGACCACGGAGAAGCCAACCAUCCUAGACAGCACCAUACAAUCAGAAUUCCCAACAUAUAGUUUAAACUGUGAAUUUGGCUGGGGUUCUCACAAGACCUUCUGUCACUGGGAACAUGACAAUCACGUGCAACUGAAAUGGAGUGUGUUGACUAGCAAGACGGGACCAAUUCAGGAUCACACAGGAGAUGGCAACUUCAUCUAUUCUCAAGCUGAUGAAAAUCAAAAAGGCAAAGUGGCUCGGCUGGUGAGCCCUGUGGUUUAUUCCCAGAACUCUGCCCACUGCAUGACCUUCUGGUAUCACAUGUCUGGUUCGCACGUGGGCACACUGCGAGUUAAACUGAGAUACCAGACACCAGAGGAAUAUGACCAGUUGGUCUGGAUGGCUAUUGGACACCAAGGAGAUCACUGGAAAGAGGGGCGUGUCCUCCUCCACAAGUCUCUGAAACUUUACCAGGUUAUUUUUGAGGGUGAAAUCGGAAAAGGAAACCUUGGUGGAAUCGCGGUGGAUGACAUUAGUAUUAAUAACCACAUUUCACAAGAGGACUGUGCAAAACCGGGCGACCUGGAUAAAAAGAUUCAGGAAAACAAAAUUGAUGAAACAGGGAGCACCCCUGGAUACGAGGGCAGAGGGGAAGGUGAUGAGAAUAUCUCCAGGAAGCCGGGCAAUGUGCUGAAGACUCUGGAUCCCAUCCUCAUUACCAUUAUCGCCAUGAGUGCCCUGGGGGUCCUCUUGGGUGCCGUCUGUGGGGUUGUGCUGUACUGUGCUUGUUGGCACAAUGGGAUGUCCGAAAGAAACUUAUCUGCCCUGGAGAACUAUAACUUUGAACUUGUGGACGGUGUGAAGUUGAAAAAGGACAAACUGAACACACAGAAUACUUAUUCAGAGGCAUGAAGGUAGACAGGGGUGAACAGACAAGUCAGAGAACUGAAGUGGAAGGACUGAAGUUGAGCGAGCUGGGGAACUCUUGACCUUCUUUCACUGUACAGGCUGGGAAGUGCGUUGAUGACGCUGAGCCAGGCUUUUCUCAGGAGCUUCGAUGAGUAUGGCCGACAGACAUGAACAAGUUAGCUGUGUUAACAAUCGGAAUCAUGUACAGUCAGCUUUCGUUCUGUUGGUUUCAGUUGAAUAAUCCGAUGCUGGUGUUGAGACCAAGUGUGAUCGACUUGAUAAUUCGUUUUGACUCCCCCAACCUCUCCUUCUCUCUCUCCUCUCUUUUUUAUGGAUUCUUUUUGGAAACUGUGCAAAAUCCAAGAUGCUGGCACCAAGUGUAUUUAGUGGGGCCCUUUUGAUGGACAUGCUACCUGUAGCCCAGUGCCCAGAACCUAGUAGAGUGAGCUCAUUUCGGUGACUCUGGGAGCUGUAUUUGUGUGUAACUGCCGAGUGGUGCGUAGGCAAAGAAGGAUUAGGGUGUUUUAUUUUAAAGUACUAUAGACUCAGUACCAGUAUAGUGUGUCAGCUCUGUUUACGAAGCAAUACCGUCAAAUUUUAUUGAUGUUUUCCAGUGUUGUAUUAAUCCUCGUGCUUGUGAACUCCAUACAGAAAACUGUGCCAUCACUACACACUGCUGGCGACUGGGUGUGCUGCCGACAACCGCGACAAAAGAUCCUUGGCACUGGCUAGUCUAUGUCCUCUCAAGUGCCUUUUUGUUUGUACUGGUUCUCAUUGUGUUACAUUAACGACCCGCUCUGUUUCUUGCUGGUGAAAGCCCGCCUCUUUAAUCAAAGCCUGGUGGCCCACUGACUAAGAAGAAAGUAUAUUUUAGUGUGAGAUGUCAGCCCCCAGGAAGGCAAGGGCUCUGAAGACUUGGCAAUGUGGCUUAAUCGUUCUGCUUUUUCUGUAGUUGAAUUUCAUGUCUCUUGACCCUUUUGUAUAAAGCUGCAAUAUUCUCUCUUAUUGUUCUUUCAUAUGGAAUGUAUUUUCAAAUGUAAACUCUCUUCUCUUUUCUCUCUUAGAAUUUAAGCAUUUGCCAUUGUCCAGAAAAGAAACUUGCAGCUUUAACCUGCUGGCAAUGGCAAACAAUUUUACUAGACUUUACGUUCAAAAAUAAAUAAGGGAAAUUUCUAACUUUGCCCUCCAAAGUCUAACUUUGGCUUUCUUGUUAACUGGUUAAAGUGACAGUAUCUUUUUUCCUGAGCCAUUUGUCUUUCUGUUGUGAUCAAAACAGUCUUUGAUAAAAAUGUUCAUUUAACAGAUGUAGUUAGAUGUUGAGGGAAGGAAUACUAGUAUUCAAAUAAGGCCCAAAAAGGAAGGACUAAAUAAAAUUCCCUAAAUAUCAAAAUCAUGAGAAUUUUUACAUCCAAACAUGUAAAACAUGACCCAUGAGAACCUUCUUGUUUUGGUUUCCAGUCAGACAAGGGAAGUGGCAGAAAGAACAGUUAAUUUAAGAAAGAAACUAUAAAUCCUGGUGCCUGGGGGUGAAGUGUUUUAAGAUAAGAAAAGAGGGAAAAUAUAGUAAAGUCAAAACAAAUGUUUUUUUUAAAAAAAUUCUUUCAGCAGAAACCCUGAAAAAACAUAGAUGUGGAUGAAUGAUUCUAGAAACUUCCAGUGGUUCACAAAAGGAAAAUAAAGGCUGCCUUAGGCCUGGCAAGACUCAAACCUAGAGCACAGAAAAUUAAAAGUCUCAUCAGGCAGCCGAUGAGUUAUCCCAAAGAAGCUUUGGUUAUUUUCUGUGUGUUUGUGUCAUGCCAUUUUGUAAAUAGAACUUUUAGAUUUUUCUCCCUUCCUGCGUCUCCGUAGGUCUCACUCAGAUUCAUUUGUGGGAGUCACAUUUGCAUCAUGAACGGACAGUCCAUUCAUCUUGGUUUAAUUGGAUUGAGAAUGCCUUUUGUUUCCAGGAAAGUAUCGAUCACUAUGAAAGAAGAAUAGAUUUUUGUCCCCAGAGACAUUCAUUCAGUUAGUUGUAAUCAUACCAGGACAAAAGCACUAAGUAAGUCUUGAUUUUUUUUUUAAGGCAACAGACUUGAGUUGUCCUCAGCCAAGGAAAAAAUGAUACUGAAACUUUAAAUUUUAAAGUAUCUUGCACUGAUAAAUAUAUUUAAAAAUUAUAUGUUUAUAAAGUUAUUAAUUUGUAAAGGCAGUGUUACAAGAAUGUUCAGUUUAUAUUGUUUUAGAUUGUUUCGUAAUUUUUAAAGUUGUAAAAUAACAUAUUUUUUCUUUAUUGAAAUCUAUAAAACUUUCUGUAGUAAAAUGUUUUCAUUUUACUGGUAUAUUAUUGCUUCAUGUUUUGUACCAUCAUAAAACUUUGUGCAAAUUUUUUUUACAGAAAUUUUUAUUUUCUAUGACAAUAUGACACUUGUAAAUUGUUGUUUCAAAAUGAACAGCGAAGCCUUAACUUUAAAUGACAUUUGUAUUCUCAGACACUGAGUAGCAUAAAAAGAAAAAAAACACAUAGAACUGAAUUGUAACUUAAGUUCCAAACUAUGACUACUACAUUCCAAAGAAACAGUUGAAUUAAACAUUUUCAUAAAAUAU